AUGCAUGGUUACCAUACCCGUGCGAGGCUGUCCUGGAGACCCCGCGCCGCCUGCACCUCUAUCGUCUCGGUUGUCAUGGAUGAUGAAGACGGCAGGUGCCUUCUCGAUGUAAUUUGUGACCCAGAAGCUCUAAAUGACUUUCUUCAUGGCUCUGAAACGCACUUGGACACUGACGACCUUUUGGAUGGUUCGACUGAUCCCUCCAGCUCGUUCUUCUCUGCUGCUGGGGGCCAUGUAUCAGAAGUUCAGCCCACAGUACAGCUUUCUGCAAAUGAAACCGCCGGCCUGCCCAGAGUCAGUGUUGACUUGGACUUUUUGGAAGAUGAUGACAUUUUGGGAGGAUCACCAGGCGGUGAAAGUGGAACCAACGGCAUUGGGACGAAUCAUGAACCCUGUGACAUUCUCCAACAGAGCUUGGCUGAAGCAAACAUCACAGAGCAAAGCCUACAAGAGGCAGAGGCCGAGCUGGACCUGGGAUCCUUUGGUAUCCCAGGACUCACACAAGUGGUUCAGACGAUGCCUGAUGCCAGCCUCAGUGGGCCAGGGGGCCCUGUUGGAGUAGGAAUAGGCGUUGGGGGGUCAGGAACCAUCUUCACUGGAGCAGGCCCGAGUUCUACUGUCAAAAUCCUCAGUUUGUUCAGCUGCAACCUGGAGGACAGAUACUUACACAACAUCCUGGUGGCCACAUCAUAG